AUGAAGUGCACCGCCGGUAUCAUACUCGCCAUGGGCGCCGCUGUCCUGGCAACUCCAAUGCCCAAGAAGGGCAACAAUGCUGCAGGUGCUGCGGCCGCUGCGGCCGGUGGCAACAACGCAAAUGCAAAUGUAGACGCCGCCACUCAGCAAAAGGUGGCUGGCACCAUUCAGAACUGGCUCAACGACAUUGCCGCCGUGAACAACUUCGUCGACACGGCCGGCCAGCUCCAGAACGAGCAAGACAUCAGCGACGCCGCUGCCCAGGCAUUCGUGGCCGCCCAGGACGAGGGAACCUCCAACACUGACCUCGGCAACGACGUCCAGCUGGACGCCUCCGGCCUCGCCGCCGCCGCCGCCCUGCAGGACCAGUUCAACAUCAUCGGGCCCGCGAUCAACGACACCAUCACCAACCCCCAGAACCUCCAGAAGAACCUCGAUGCCAUCAACGGUGCUCGGUGCCCCCCUCCCGCCGGUAACGGUGCCAUCUUUGAGGAGGGCGCCGUCCAGCAGUCUGCCGCUGCUGCCGCCGGCCUCAAUGCCCCAUCCCCGGCCCUGCCCAAUGCCUGCCAGGUCCUGGCCCAGAAGCAGCUCGACGCCGCUGGCAAGAACAACGGCAACAACGCCAAUGCUGCCGAUGCGAACGCGGCUGAUGCGAAUGCGGCUGAUGCUAAAGCGGCUGAUGCUAAAGCGGCUGAUGCUAAAGCGGCUGAUGCUAAAGCUGGUGAUGCCAAAGCAAAGGGCGGCAAUGCUGACGAGCAGGCUGCUGCUGAAGAGGACGCCAAUGCGGAAGAUGCCAACGCUGACGAGGAGGCUGCUGACGAGGAGGCUGCCGCUGAUGAGGAUGCUAACGCUCAGGAUGCCAAAGCCGCUGGCGCUGAUGCUGCUGCUGCCAAGGGUGCCGCCAAGGGCAAGCAAAACUAG